CGCGUGCCCGUGCUCACGUGGUACAACCGGGCGUCGGGCGCGCCGAUCUGCCGGAGUAGCCAGCCCCACGCGGGCUUGACGGACAAGGUCAUGGCCGAGGACGAGGCGAGCCUGAUGCAUCUCCGGGCGGCGACGUCGCGGACGAACGCCGGGCGCCUCUUGGCCGACUCCUUCGACGACGACGGCCGCGGCGCGCCCGCCACGCCGGGCAAGGACGACGGCGACAGCGACGACGACUCCGCGACGCUCGAGUUCCUGGACAUCGCGAACAUCCACGGCAUGCAGGAGUCGUUCCGCGUGCUGCGCGAGGCGCUGGGGGCGCCCGACGAGGGCGACGGCGUCUACCGCGCGGUCCACGACUCGCGCUGGCUCAAUCACGUGUCCCUCCUGCUCCGAGGCGCCGUCGCGGUCGCGGACCACUCCGCGGGCGGCGACCCGGUCCUCGUGCACUGCUCCGACGGCUGGGACCGGACGGCGCAGGUCUGCGGGCUCGCCCAGUUCCUGCUGGAUCCGUAUUGUCGGACCAUCGACGGCUUCGGGGUGCUGGUGGAGAAGGACUGGUGCGCGUUCGGCCACAUGUUCCGGGAGCGGGGGGGGUUCGGUAGCGAUCCCCAACAGGAGACGGGCCCCAUCUUCCUCCAGUUUUUGGACGCCGUGUCCCAGAUCAUGUGGCAGUGCCCGACGGCCUGCGAGUUCACGGAGGAGUUCCUGGAAGUGUUGGCGGACGCGGAGCGGAGCCGGUGGUUCGCGAACUUCCUCCGCGACUCGGACCGCGACCGCGCGCGGGAGAACUCCGGGUCGCCGCGGGGCCCCGGCCGCACGCCCCGGGGCGCGGCGCGGCCGCGGCCGGAGGAAAACGACGAGGCCGUGUCCAUCUGGCGCGUCUUCGCCUUCCAAAGGGACCGGUUCUCCAACGCGCUCUACGACCGCGACGGCGCGACGGCGCUGCGGCCCAACGCGUCGCUCCAGGCGCUGCGCCUCCGGCCGAGCUACCUCCACGCCGAGGACGUGUCGCCGGAGGUCGCCGCGCUCCGGGCGAGGAUCCGCGCGCUCGAGGCGGAACGGGCGGGCGACGACGACGGCUUCCACGACUCGGACGCGGGCUUCCACGACGCGCGCGCGCCCCGGAGCCCCCAGCUCGAAUAA